AUGUAUGACAACAUCUCUGAUUUCACAAGAUAUGAUGACGACCAUGACCCCGAACACGGUGAAGAAGAAGUUUUACAAACAUCCAUUAAGACAGGAAAGGUUUUAACUCAAAGUCUCAUUAUUGACACCAAAGAUGGCGAAGUGGACGUUCUUCAAGAGCUGAAGAAAAAUACUUCUUCGGGAGGUGGUGGUAGGCAUGAACUUGAAAUAAAUGAGAUAGAAGAGAAAUUAGCCGAAAAAGCAGAUAAAGAACAUAAACACAAUAUCUCCGAUAUAAAUGAACUUCAAGCUACAUUAAAUAGUAAAGCGGACAAAAAUGAACUUGACGCAAUGAACAAAGUUUUGAAAUCUCAUAAACACAAUAUCUCCGAUAUAAAUGAACUUCAAGCUACAUUAAAUAGUAAAGCGGACAAGAACCAUGUUCAUUAUAUAAGUUCAGAUGAACAGAUUAUAACGGACUAUCAUGGAUAUUUAACACAGGAUGAAGAAGUGAAGACGAAAAAUGUUAAUGAAAGAAGAUAUAAAUUCAUUCGUGCUAAAGGUUAUGACAUACACUGUACUGUACAGUAUGACACAGGUAUAGCACCACAAACAUUUGGUUAUAACGCUGAAAUUUAUGCUUCAUACUUCUUUGUUAACGGUGUAUUAGUUGAACCAAGAUUUACAUUGAGAGUUAAGGCAAAAAUAACGUUUGAAGAUGCUAUUAAAAGUAAAGCUGACAAAGAUGAACUCGAAGCAAUGAACAAAGUUUUGAAAUCUCAUAAACACAACAUCUCCGAUAUAAAUGAACUUCAAGCUACAUUAGACA